CCGCUCCGAUCACGACCAUGGCAAACUCGUUCACAUGCCUAUAAAAUGAUAGCAUUUGUUUGGCUAAUCGCCUUUGUAUCAAAUAUUUAUUUGUUGUUCAUGUACAAUUUAGUUGAAUUAAAUCCACAGCAAUUUCCCGGACGAUUAGCCUGUGUUCCAGAUGGCAGAAAAGAGUUUGAAAAUUUUGCUUUUCAGAUUUACCUAACAAUUGUGCUCUUACUCAUUCCGUUAUGCAUGAUGGUAGUCUUAUAUGGUUUUGUUAUCCAUUCGCUUAGAGCAAGCUUGAAGAUGGACUUAGGUCUAGAUCAUUUAGAAGCUAAUGAUAUAGAAAUGAGAGACUUUGAAAGAAUAUCGUCUCUUAAGCGAGCGUCAACGGUUAUGAAUUUUCGUCGGCGUACUUUCAGAGAUUAUAUUAACCAAAAAUUAUUGAGGCCAAAUUCAAUGAAAGAUGCCUCAGCGGUUGAGAGAACACGUAACUCACGCGAUUUGGGUAAUGGUUUUCAGCCAACGGUUCUUCGCUCAACACAAAGGUACAGAUGA